GGCCUGGGCGCAGCGUCGCCAUAGCGACGGCGGCGGUUGGGACGGCUGAGGCGGGGAGCGCGGCCCGCCGCGCCUCAGGGGAGGCCCGGGGGUUCGGUCUCCCCGUCCCUCGCCGUUACGUCCCCGUCUGCCAGGGAGAUACCGCGGCGAGGGCAGAAGAGCGGGCGCCGACCCCGGGCUCGGGUCCGAACGGCCGGCCCGGGUUCUCCUACUGAAACCUUUAGAUGUUUCGUCUGGAAAGGUUGGACUGUAAAUCAAAUGCUGCCUUGGGUGGUGUUUGUCUGAAUCACGUAUCUUACAAUGCAGUCACAAAUUGGAGACAAUGGCCUUGGAAGGGAGAUUACUGUGCAAGAGGUGUCAGGGGAAUCUCUGGAGGACAUCAGAAAUGGAGCUACCCAAACUGAAAAUGAAGGCAAUUCUGUCAACACAGAUGUUAAAAUUCAAGAGAAAGCCGUCAAUGCUAUGUGCAGAGAAGAUCAACAGAAUGAACAAAACUCAGAUGGUGAUCACAAAUUGGUAACCAGCUCAUUCAGUCAAAGAACAGAAGAAGAGAGGGGCUGUGUAAGAAUGACAAAAAAAGUUCUGAAAGAAAUCUGUAAACAGCAGAAAUUAUACUGGACUCCAUACUUAAAUGAUACGCUUUACUUGCAUUAUAAAGGAUUUGAUCGCCUGGAGAAUCUUGAAGAGUAUACUGGAUUGAAGUGUUUAUGGCUGGAAUGCAAUGGCUUAACAAAAAUCGAGAAUUUGGAGGCUCUGACAGAGUUGCGUUGCCUCUACUUGCAACUCAAUUUAAUUAACAAAAUUGAAAACCUUGAAUGCUUACAAAAGCUGGAUUCCCUCAAUAUCAGUAACAACUACAUUAAGACCAUUGAGAAUCUCUCUUGUCUGAAAGCCCUGCAGACUCUGCAAAUUGCUCACAAUAAGUUACAAACGGUGGAAGACAUACAGCACUUGCAAGAGUGCCCAAGUAUUUCUGUUCUCGAUCUUUCUCACAACAAUCUGAGUGAUCCAAGUAUUAUAAAUAUUCUGGAGACCAUGCCUAAUUUGCAUGUGCUGAAUUUGAUGGGAAACCAAGUGAUAAAGAAAAUUGCUAAUUAUAGAAAAGCACUUAUUGUUCGACUAAAACUACUAACAUAUCUGGAUGACAGACCAGUUUUUCCAAAGGACAGAGCCUGUGCAGAAGCCUGGGCUGUUGGCGGGCUUGAAACUGAGAAAGCAGAAAGGGAAAAAUGGGAAGCCAGAGAGAGAAAAAAAAUCCAAGAUAGCAUCGAUGCUUUAGCAGCAAUCAGGCAAAAAGCAGAGGAAAAGAAAAGACAAAACUAUAUGGAAGAAAGAAAUGCAAGCACAAAAUGUGAAAAUAGAGAUGGAACAGACAUCGUAGAAGGAGCACAUGCCAAUCCAGACAACGGUGUUGAAAAUCCUGAUACAUCAGAGACUUCAAAUAUGUCAGAAGAGGAAGAAACUCAAGAGAAGCCUGAGAAAUUUAGAAAUGAAAGUUGUGAUGCUCAUGAUGAAGUGAUAACACCUCUACCAAAUAGGGGAGAUAACACAGAUUUCACAUCUGGAAAUAUUCCUGCUACAAUUCAGGAGGAUGCACAAGAAUCAAGCUUUUCCAAAUGCUCAAACUUUAACAAGAAGACAGAUGAUCUACCAAGAGAGAAGUCAGCUACUGAAAGGGCUGUGCUUCCUGAACUGGAUGAAUAUGCUGAAGUUGAACAGAUCAAACUGGAGACGCCGGAGAAGCUUUAUCUUGACGAACUGCCUGAUUUAGAAGAUAUAGACGUAACUGAAUUUCCCCCAGAAGAGGAAAUCUUUGUUCAAAAGCAGGAAUAUCACCCAAAGAUUGAAAUAAUUUCUGAAAUGACAAAUGACAGCGAUUCUGCAUUAGAGGAAAACAAUAAAAGCAUGUUUGAGAAUUCAGUAGGAGAAGAAGUUCCAACAGCGAUUUUUUCAAAUGUCUCUAAGAUACAUAAAGAGCAUGAGAAGGAGCACUUAAGACCCCUUGUUGAAAGCUUCUUUACAGAGCCUGCUAAUUCAGAAAGAUCCCUGGAGACCAAAGAUAAACAAACCACCCCCUCAAAACUCUUGAUACAAGAAGUUAUCACUGAGCCCAAGCAUAACCUACUGUUGUCACCAGUCUGCCAUCAACCGGAUGACCCAAGCCCAUGGGAAGAGGAUGGGAGUGUCAGUGACGGAGAAGUACAGUGCCUGCCUGAGGGUGAAAGAUGUCCUCACAAAGCACAAGGCAAGGACAGCGAGAGUGGAUUAGAUUAAUCACUUUGAAAAAACCCGACCAAAUCUGGAGCAGGGUGCCUGGCUGGCUGCACGUGGUUAUUCUCAAAAUGCCGAGCUCAGCAGUGGGACCGUUAGUUAAAACUGGCGUAACACUGAGAUAUGAAAACCACCGCCUUCAGCAGGGGGGCUGAGCGUUUCAGGCAGUCAGCGGCUGCCGCAGCCUCCAGCGUCUGACCUUCUGGGCAGCACUGGUGGUUGUGUGAGCGUGGAAGAAGCCCCCAAUCUGCUGUAACCUGCAGGCAGCGAGGGCCCCGCGGUCCCACCGCCAGCCAGCAGCGCGCACCGCUUUAGAAGCGAGGGCGCUACUGUUCUAAGGCUAAAUUCCACUCUCUUAUGCCAUUUUUAUCCUUGCAUCCUUCCAGAAAUUACUUAGUUAAACGUUUGUAUCUUUGGGUUUCAUGACAGACCUAGUAUCAAUGCACAAUGUCACGUGUUCCUGUCCUUUGAACUAAAUAAAGAUUCUACUUGUAACCACA